CCCUCGCAUCACCUGUCGCCUCGCCCCGCGCCCAGACCACUACUCUCCCCCUCUCCUCCUUCCCCUUCCUCUUGCCGCACGCAAAUGGUCACCUAGGCGCGCGAGGCCGACGCGCCGCUGGCUCCCUCCCCACCCAAUGUCGCACUGCCUCUGCGCCUCACUCUUCCUCGCGCCGCCGUCGCCCUUCCUCUUCUCCCACUGCCCAUCUCCGCGCCGGCGACGGCGCCCGCGCGGCCGCAGCCUCCACCUGACCUCGCGCCCCCUCCUCACCCUCGCCCGCUUCGACCCGCCGCCGCUGUUCCGCCUCAAGGUCUCCGACUCCAGCGACUCCCCCGCCGACGCCACCCACGCGCACGCGCACGCCCACCACAGCAAUCACCGUGCCCACGCCCAUCACAGCCCCGCGCCGUCGCUGCUCCCGGGCCCGCGGGCCCUGAUCGGCUCGCUCGCGCCGGUAUGGCGGGAGGGGCUCUUCCUCGUGCGCUGCUCCGUCUUCGCCGCAGUGGUCUCCGUCGCCGCCGCGCUCUCCUGGCUCGCGCAGCUCCGGGCCCGCUCCUUCGUCGAGGCCCGCCUCCUGCCCGCCGCAUGCGCCGCGCUCAGCGAGUACCUCCAGCGGGAGGUCCGCCUCGGCAAGGUGCGCAGCGUCUCGCCGCUCGGGAUCACGCUGCAGACCUGCUCCAUCGGCCCGCACGCCGAGGAGUUCUCCUGCGCCGAGGUGCCCGUCAUGAAGAUUAGGAUACGCCCCUUCGCCAGCAUCAGGAGGGGAAGAGUCGUCGUGGACGCCGUGCUGUCCGAGCCCUCCGCGCUGGUGGCACAGAAGAAGGAUUUCUCGUGGCUCGGGAUUCCCCCGCCCUCCGAGGGCACGGUCAAGAGGCACUCCGGGGAGGAGGGCAUAGACUACCGCACCAAGACGAGGAGGCUUGCCAGGGAGAAGGCCGCGGAGCAAUGGAACGAGGAGAGGGAUCAAGCCGCAAGGGAAGCUGCUGAAAAGGGAUACACCAUUCCGAGUGGCCAAUCGGUUUCUCUGCCCACUAAUGAGAUUCUGGAGGUUGAUGGGACUACUGAGAUUGGGAAGUCCAGUCCUCCUGUGUGCGCUGAUGAAAUGCAUAAGAAGGAUCAUCACUUGGCAACAGGCAUCGACUCUGGUUCAAAGCAUGCAGAUUUGGAGAAGUCUUUUGGCUUCAAAUCGCGCAUUCCCAGGAUUAACCUCUGGUCUAGGGUGAUUUCAAGCUCUAGUAGGCUCAGAUACAGGAGGAAGGCUCUCAGUAAGGUUAUUCCAGAUGUUGAUAAUUCUUCUCAGCAAAGGAUUCUUAGACGCAGUGCAGAUGCUGCUGUAGCAUAUUUUCAGAACAAAGAUCGCAUUAAUAUUGAUGGUUCGUCCCCUGGACCAGGAAAAGGCUCAUCUGAUGGUGGUCAUGCCAAUGUUGGUGGCAGUGGAAUUGCUUCAAAUGAUGAAACUGUCAGCUACUCUAAAACUGCAUCAGCCAGUUUGGCUGGAUCCUCAUCGCAUAAUCAACUAUCUAGUCAGUGCAGUUCAAGUAAUUUUGACAACAACUUGUUACUAUGGCACAGUUUGGAAGAUCUGCAGAUCGGUCAGGCCAAGAAUCCUUCUGAAAAUAAACUUGCUCCACAGCAAGAGAUUAUUUUUGGGGAUUUUGGUUCAUGCACGCAUGCUCACAACUGGGUGCCAUUUUGGCCGUUCCAAUUAAAGAGUUUUCCUUUCAGUUUUAAUGCACCUUGUGCAUCUCUGGAUCUUAAAAUUGAGAAAUUGAAGUCACAAUUUGCUAUUGGUCCUGGAGAUUUCUCUGCUGAACUUACAGAAGGGACUAGUCAGAUCCAUCCUGGUGGCGUUCAGAAUGCACUUCCGAUCACCCUUGAUUCUGUCUAUUUCAAUGGAGGUAACUUGAUGCUUCUGGGAUAUGGUGACCAAGAACCCAGAGAAAUGAAACAUGCUAGUGGACAUGUCAAGUUCAAAAACAAUUAUAAUCGUGUACACGUGCAUGUAACUGGGAAUUGCAUGGAGUGGAGGCAAGACCGAUCUUCGCAAGGAGGGGGUUAUCUUUCUACAGAUGUAUUUGUUGACAUAGCUGAGGAAACAUGGCAUGCUAAUCUCAAUGUAGUCGAUGCAUUUGCUCCGCUGUUUGAAAGAAUUUUAGAAAUACCUAUUGUUUGGCACAAAGGAAGAGCUACCGGUGAGGUGCAUAUUUGUAUGUCAAAGGGUGACAGUUUUCCAAGCAUUCAUGGUCAGCUUGAUGUGAAAGGUCUAGCUUUUCAGAUAUUGGAUGCUCCAUCAUCAUUUUCUGAUAUAGUGGCAAAGUUAUCAUUUCGUGGUCAAAGAGUAUUUCUGCACAAUGCAAGUGGGUGGUUUGGUGACGCUCCAGUUGAAGCUUCUGGAGAUUUGGGACUAAAUCCUGAGGAUGGAGAGUUUCAUCUAAUGUGCCAGGUUCCAUCCGUUGAAGUUAAUGCACUUAUGAGGACAAUGAAAAUGAAACCUCUUAUGUUCCCGUUGGCCGGUUCUGUUACUGCUGUAUUUAACUGUCAAGGACCCCUUGAUGCUCCUGUUUUUGUUGGAAGUGGGAUUGUCUCAAGGAAGUCUUUUUCAGUAUCUGGUAUGCCUCCAUCUGCAGCUUCUGAAGCUGUGAUGCAAAACAAAGAGGCUGGUGCAGUUGCUGCAUUUGACCAUAUUCCAUUCUCUCAUGUAUCGGCCAAUUUCACAUUCAACCUUGACAACUCCGUUGCUGAUUUAUAUGGUAUUAGAGCAUGCCUAUUGGAUGGCGGAGAAAUUCGAGGGGCUGGUAAUGCAUGGAUUUGCCCAGAGGGGGAAGGUGAUGAUUCUGCUAUGGAUAUUAAUUUGUCUGGGACCAUUCUACUUGAUAAAGUAUUGCAUCGUUACAUUCCUGGAGGAAUCCAGCUGAUUCCACUCAAGAUUGGAGAGCUCAAUGGAGAGACUAGACUUUCUGGUUCCCUCAUUAGACCGAAGUUUGAUAUCAAAUGGGCUGCACCAAAUGCUGAAGACUCUUUUUCAGAUGCACGUGGCAAUAUUGUUAUUGCACAUGAUUACAUUAUGGUCAACUCUUCAUCAGUCUCCUUCGAUUUAAAUACUCGUGUUCAAACAUCAUAUAUUGAUGACUACUUGUUGAACAAGGAGACUUACCAAAUGAAAAAAAUCAUGCCACUAAUUGUGGAGGGUGUUGAUUUGGAUUUACGUAUGAGAGGCUUUGAGUUUGCUCAUAUAGCCUCCUCAAUACCUUUCGAUUCACCACGACCAUUACAUUUGAAAGCAUCUGGAAGGGUCAAAUUUCAAGGAAAAAUCAUGAAAUCUAGCAAUAUAGCUGAUGGCAAUAUCAAUGGUGUUCUUCAAAGUAACAUUGACCAAAAUAAGCUUGAGACCAAUGUGUCAAAACUUGUAGGCGACAUAUCUCUUUCUGGAAUUAAACUCAACCAGCUCAUGCUAGCGCCACAAUCUACUGGUUUCCUUUCCAUAUCACGGGAUUCUAUGAUGUUGAAUGCUACUGGCAGGCCUGAUGAAAAUUUUUCCAUAGAAGUGAAUGGACCAUUGCUUUUCACUUCAAAUGAGGAUAUUCAAGAUGUAAGGCUUCUGUCAGUUUUCCUCCAGAAGGGCCAGCUGAGAUCUAAUAUCUGUUAUCAUCCUCAGAAUUUGACCAGUCUAGAGGUUCGCAAUUUGACACUCGAUGAGCUGGAGUUUGCUUCAUUGCGUGGAUUUGUUCAGAAGGCAGAAGUUCAGCUUAAUUUUCAGAAAAGAAGAGGUCAUGGUUUGCUGUCAAUAAUCCGUCCCAAAUUUAGUGGCGUGCUUGGUGAAGCACUUGAUAUAGCUGCUCGAUGGAGCGGUGAUGUUAUUACUAUGGAAAAAUCUAUCCUGGAGCAAGCUAAUAGCAAGUAUGAGGUUCAAGGGGAGUAUGUUUUUCCUGGAACACGUGAUAGAUUGCCUGUGGAAAGUCAGAGUAAUGGGUUCAUAGAGAAAGCAAUGGGAGGGCAUCUUGGUAGCAUAAUGUCCUCGAUGGGCAGGUGGAGGAUGCGACUAGAGGUUCCUGGUGCUGAAGUAGCUGAAAUGCUUCCUUUAGCAAGGCUUCUUUCACGGAGUACAGACCCAGUUAUUCGUUCGAGAUCAAAGGAACUUUUUAUGCAAUGUCUACAUUCUGUUGGGUUCAAUGCUCAAAGUCUUCAUGAUCAGCUAAAGGCAUUAGAAAUGUAUCAUGAUUGGUUGGAUGAUGACACAAUGGAAGAUAUAACACUUCCUGGCUUAGCUGAACUAAGAGGCUAUUGGCGUGGCUCUCUUGAUGCCAGUGGAGGUGGUAAUGGGGAUACCAUGGCAGAUUUUGAUUUCAAUGGUGAAGAUUGGGAAUGGGGAACUUACAAGACACAGCGUGUUCUCGCAUCUGGUUCAUUCAGCAAUAAUGAUGGUCUGCGAUUAGAUAAAUUAUUUAUUCAGAAAGAUAAUGCCACCCUUCAUGCUGAUGGGUCGAUUCUUGGGCCGCUUACAAAUCUUCACUUUGCUGUGCUUAACUUCCCAGUUGGCCUUAUACCAGCUUUAGUUCAGGCUAUAGAAUCAUCCACCACAGACUCAAUUCAUUUUCUGAGGCAAUGGUUGACUCCCAUCAAAGGUAUUUUGCACAUGGAGGGGGACUUGAGAGGUACUCUGGCAAAACCAGAAUGUGAUGUUCAAAUAAGGCUGCUUGAUGGCACUAUUGGAGGCAUCGAUCUUGGAAGAGCAGAAGUAUUAGCUUCUGUUACCCAUACGAGCCGUUUCGUAUUUGAUGCAAAUUUCGAACCAAUAAUACAAAGUGGACAUGUAAACAUUCAAGGUAGUAUCCCGGUCACUUAUGUAGACAACAGCUCAAUAGAGGAAAGUCCAGAAGAGGCAGAUGGGAAACAAGGUAUCAUAAGAAUCCCUGUUUGGGCAAGAGACAGAGGAUCAUCAAAUGAGAUCAGUGAAGCAAGAAUUGUGAGAGACAAGACGGAGGAGGGCUGGGAAUUUCAAUUAGCUGAAAAACUUAAAGGUUUAAGUUAUAACAUGCUAGAACCAGGUGAAGUGAGGAUAGAUGCAGAUAUAAAGGAUGGGGGUAUGAUGUUGAUAACUGCAUUGAGUCCUUAUGCAAACUGGCUUCAAGGCUAUGCUGAUGUCCUCCUCCAGGUUAAAGGCACUGUUGAUCAGCCUGUUGUUGAUGGGUCAGCAACAUUUAAUCGAGCAAUUGUGAAUUCUCCCUUUCUUCGGACACCAUUGACGAAUUUUGCGGGUACAAUUCAAGUCAUAUCCAACAGACUAUGCAUCAGUUCAAUGGAAAGCAGGGUUGGGAGGAAAGGGAGAUUGUCAAUGAAAGGGACCCUACCUCUUAAAAAUAGCGAGCCAUCUGCCAACGAUAAGAUUGAUUUGAAAUGUGAAGUUCUGGACAUACGAGCAAAAAAUAUUUUGAGUGGCCAAGUAGACAGCCAGCUGCAAGUUACAGGCUCAAUUUUGCGACCAGAUCUUUCUGGGAUGAUCCGGUUGAGUCAUGGUGAAGCAUAUUUGCCUCAUGAUAAAGGCAAUGGUGCUGCUGUCACUAGGUUGACUUCAAACAAGUCGGGUUAUCUUCUUUCUGGUUUUGACCAAUCAACCACUUCACAGGAUGUCUCACGAAUUCUGGGGUCACUGUCAACAUCUGCAGACAGAGAUCAAUCAGACACAGAAAAGACUCUUGAGCAUGGAAGUUUUAAGCCAAACAUUGAUGCACGGCUAAAUGAUCUGAAGCUCACCUUGGGACCAGAAUUAAGGAUUGUUUAUCCUUUAAUUCUGAAUUUCGCCGUCAGUGGUGACCUAGAGCUUAAUGGGAUGGUUCAUCCAAAGUAUAUAAGACCUAAGGGCAUCUUAACAUUUGAAAAUGGUGAGGUCAACCUGGUAGCAACGCAAGUUAGACUUAAAAAUGAUCAUUUAAAUGCAGCAAAAUUUGAACCUGAUCUUGGUUUGGAUCCUGUUCUUGAUCUCGUUCUUGUUGGAUCUGAAUGGCAAUUCAAAAUCCAAAGUCGAGCAAGCAUGUGGCAAGACAAUCUGGUGGUAACCUCAACACGCUCUGUGGACCAGGAUGUUCUGUCACCUAGUGAGGCUGCCAAGGUUUUCGAAUCACAGCUUGCAGAAUCAUUAUUAGAAGGUGACGGACAGCUUGCAUUCAAGAAGCUUGCAACUGCAACGCUGGAAACUUUGAUGCCAAGGAUUGAAGGCAAGGGCGAGUUUGGACAGGCACGGUGGCGACUGGUUUAUGCUCCGCAGAUCCCAAGUUUACUCUCUGUGGAUCCAACAGUUGAUCCACUAAAAUCUCUGGCAAAUAAUAUCUCUUUUGCCACGGAGGUUGAAGUGCAGCUCGGAAAACGCCUUCAGGCUUCCGUCGUCAGGCAAAUGAAAGAUUCAGAAAUGGCGAUGCAGUGGACGCUGAUAUAUCAGCUAACUAGUAGGCUCCGUGUUCUCUUCCAGUCUACCCCAUCCAAUAGGCUUCUCUUCGAGUACUCAGCAACAUCGCAGGAUUGAUUCAUUUUUGUUAUUGCGCACAGCAAGAACUGGGCGUAGCAGCUGUCAUACAAAGAUUAGGUGGCCUGAUGAAUUGUUUUUGUAGAUAUGCAAGUUUCGCCAAGGAGUUGUACGUGUACAUUGGCUCAGUUGUAGUUGCAUUCUUUCUCGGAAACAAAGUUUCUGAGCCUGUAAAUAAUAGGUAGCGAUCUUAGCCUCGGGUGUAGAGAGAAGUGUAUAAAUGAAUGGACGUUUCCGGUCUCUUGCUUUGCUGUAAUGCUGUUCAUAUGUGGAAUUUGCUUUUGUAAUUUUAUGUAGCCAGUUAGAGCAACUUCACCAAGAACCUUUCAAUCAGGAUCCCAGUAUUUUAUAUUGAAUAAAAUUCAUCAACAGCUCUCACGUCA